CCAUUAGUCCCGUCAUCAUGACGUCACGUUGCGUCAGUCCCAGCAGCAUCUUGACUUCCGCGUUUCUCUCCAAAGUAGCUUUACGGCUAACAGCGUUUCCAGAUGAUAGAAAUGGUUUCAUUAAAGGUCUCGUUGCUCUGGACUCUGUGGAUCAGCUCUGUCUCUGCUGAAGGUCAUGUAGAGGUCAGAGGUGAACCUGGACAGUCCAUCACUCUGCCCUGUAGUUCUGCUGCCAGUUCAUCUGUUAUCGUCGUUCAGUGGAGCAGAACCGAUCUGGGCUCAGAGUACGUUCUUCUGUUCAGAGACGGUCGGUUUGAUGUAGGGAACCAGAACCCGUCUUAUCAGAACCGGGUGGAUCUGGUGGACCCACAGAUGAAGGAAGGAAACGUGUCUUUGGUUCUGAAGAACCUGACGACUAACGAUACGGGACUAUAUCAGUGCCAAGUCCAGAAUGAAGGAGGCCUUGAUACUAAACUCAUCAGAACCAUCAGACUGGAGGUUCUUAGUCCAGAGAAGAAAAAUGGAGGAACCAGCGAUGGAUCCAUCGGACUGAUAGUUGGUCUGAUCCUAUUGAUCUUAUUGAUCUUAUUGGCUGUUGUUGUUGUUGUUUUAUUUCUGAUCUAUAAAAAACAAUCUGCUUGUUUCAGGAAGAAAAGCUCAGAUCCUCCAGCUGAUCUGUAGAUUUACUAUAAAUGCCUUUAAUCUGUGGACAUGACUUACAUCAGAUUAUUGCUGUGUGGAUGGAUGUUUCAUCUGGCAAAUAUGAGUUGAUUUUCUCUUGCUGACAGAUAAACCUGCAGUCAUAAAUCAUGACUUGAUUAUUAUAAAAUAGUUUUGUACAAUGACUUCUGGACUGAAACUCAAAGGUGACAUUUUAUUUGUAGGCUGUGUUCCCACCAGUCCAAUGUCGUCCACUUUGAAUCUUUAAAAGCUACACAAUUAUUAUAACUACUUAAUAAAAGAAGCUCAAUCAGAAGCUAACUGAAGUUUUAUUAUUGCAUGGAAUGAGCUUCUCUUUGUAUUUAUUAAAAAGAUCAAAUUUAUACUAAUCUUAUAUAUUCUAGUGUUUUAUUGACAUCUAUCCAAAUCAUUUCCUGAAUCAAACUUCAUCUCAAUUAAGUAAAAAUUUGAAGUGACAAUCAAACGAUGGCAGGUUGGUCCGUCCUGCUGAUGGAGGAGAAGGUAACUAAUUAUACCAGAUAUAUCAGAGGAUGGAGGUCAGUCAGUUUCUGCUGUGAAAAGUAGCUUCAGUAAAUAUGUCAUUUUUAUUUUUUAAUGAAACUUGCAGACUGCAGCUUUAACCGUCAUGACAUUGCUAUCUUCAUGGACCCAUUGACACAUUUUAUAAACUAUAAUUCAGUUUUUUAUAGUUUUGUUGGCUCUGACUUGUAUUCAGGUGCAACUUGCAUGUUUUCUGCUCAUGCUGCAGUUUUUCACAGAUGCAAUUAUAGGAUGACUAAUAAUGUAAAACUACAGAAAAAUCAGUUCAACAUUUAAUAAAGUUUUGUUUCUUCUUGCUUUUUCUCCAUUAUAUUUAUGUUCAUUAAAAGUAAAGCAGUUUUCAGACCUCAUUUGUUUUCUAUUAUGUUUAAAAUGUUUAUUGUUCUGCAUCAACUGGUGUUUUUUAUUUGGUUACAUGGAAAAUGAGUGUAAAUAACUAAUAAUGCAGCUAAGCUUGUUUACAUAGUUUUUUUGUUUUGUAGUUUUGUUCUGCUCUAAUCUUCCCACCAGACUCAUAAUUCAUGAAACUGUUAUUGAACAGAUUCAUGUUAAUCAGAACAAACAUAACAGAUUCACCAUUUCAGUAUUAUUGAUGUUUGACUGAAGGAGACGUUGAAGUGAAUAUCUAAACAAAAUAAAACUGAUUCAUCCAAACCA